AGAACCCAAUAAGAGAGUACAAAGUAGUCAUGAAGAGAGGCUUUGUACAGUUUCAAAUUAAUUUGUUUACAUUUCAAGCAAUAUAGCAUUUAAAAACACGAUUACAAAUUAAAAUAAAUUUAAGAAAAUUAAAUGAAAUAAUAGUUUAAAUAAAUAAAACGUAAAAUAACACAACAAACAAACGAAAUAAAAGAUUAAAAUGGCCGUCCUAGAAUCUUGCUGGUCUCCAAUUAUAUGGUCGAACAAUGUUAAGACUGGCAGUUAUGCGGUGGCAGCUUAUACGGCUGCCAUUUCUGUGGUUUUCAUUACAAUGAUUGCAUACAUGCUUUCGGGCGGAGAUUCGUCUCAACUCUAUUCACCACUGUUUGAAACAGACAUCAGAUCUUCCAUGCCCAUUGUGGGUGGUUUUUUCAUAUUUUAUUUCAUUAUGGUCAUCAUCUCUUCGUAUUUGGUGUAUUAUGGAAUUAAAAUCAGCACAAGAGGAUGGCUAUUGCCUUGGUUGAUCCUAGUUGGUGUUGGCAUAUUAUUCCAGCUGGUCUUUGGUUUGUGGCUCAUUGGCGGCUAUUAUAUUUAUUUGGAGCAAACAUUUUCUGCCCUCUUGCUGUUUGUUUGGAUGUCCUACAAUUUCUAUUGUUGGCUUUGUGUCUUUUCGCAGUAUCAAAUAUUUUUGGAAAUACAAAAUCCCAAUAUUGAACUUUUGAUGCCAUAGAAUCAACGAAAGCUUCACUUAGAUAUUUAUUAGUUAAUUCCCAUUAACAAAAUAUGCAUUUUCGUCCAAAAAACAACAUGAUGACCAACAAAGACGCAUAAAGUAGUUUAUAGAUUUUAAGUUAUACACUCCAUUUCAAUAUAUAUCAAUUUUUUUAAAUUAUUAAUGAGACUAAUGUUACAUUCCGUCCAUUGUUGUUUUGGUAAUCCAAAAUGAAAACACACCAAUUUUUGCCUUAUAUCUACAUACAUUUUUACACUAUGUACAAAAAAAUUAUACAUUUUUACAAUGAAA